UGUGCACGUGUGGCCAUCGAUGAAGAUGAAGAUGAAAGAGGCCAGGCAGGCAGGGCUGACGAAGGCGUGGCGUGGCGUGGCCGUGCAGAGGAGGGGGAGGCUGCGACGGCGGGGGUGGAGGCGUCCAGGCGGCUGGAUGCCGAGACGUGGUCCGACCCGGACGUGGCGCGCAGACUGAGCGAAGCCACCGUCGCCCUGCGCCUCGACUGGAGGAGCCCCGAUGGCGUCAGCUUCCUCGCCAUCUAUCCGGCGUUCCAGGUGCCCACGAUCUACCUCAUCGCGCCGCUCACCGGGCAGCCCCUGGGCAUCCUCCUCGGCUUCGUGACGCCCCAGCAGUUCCUGGCCAAGCUCGACGAGUGCUGCGCCGCUCUCUCCCACCCACCCUCCUCAUCCCCGGCGGGAGUGCAAAACGCCAACCGCGCGCCGGCAGAAGCCCCCGCUACGCCCCAGCCACUCUCCAGCGCCGAAGUGGCGGCGCAGAAGGAGCGGCUCCUGAAGCGAAUCGAGGAGGUCAAGAGACAAAAGGAGGCCCAGGAGAAACAGGCACGGCAGGCGGCCUCCAUCUUCUCCUCCGCGCUAACGCGAAGUUGUUGUUCGUCUCCUCUUCAUGGUCCUACCAACAACAACAACUAA